AAAAUCACGUGAAAGUAAAAGAAAAAUAAGGAAAAUGGAAAAGGAGAAGCAGAAACACAACUCUAUUUCUGCAUCUUCGUCCUUCUGUUGCAUAUCUCAUGUAUUCCACAGAAUUGCAUCUACUUACCCCAACAAAAUAGCCAUUAUUCACACAAGAAAAAACCCCAAAAAUCUUACUAAUGAUGAAUCCAAAACCAAUAAUAAAGGCCAGUUCUUCACAUUUUCCCAACUACUUUCUGCCAUUAUUUUUCUCACAUUCAAGCUUCAUCACAUCUUCAAUGGUGGUAAUGAUCCUUUUUUAUUCAAACCCAAUUCAGGUAACCACAAUUUUAAUGUAACAACAAAGUUAGUAGGAGUUUACAUGGAAAAUUCAGUAGAAUAUGUAAUUACUGUUCUUUCUAUCUUAAGAUAUGGUGGUGCUUUUCUCCCAAUUGAUACUUCUUGGCCUAAAGAAAGGAUCUUGACUAUAAUUUCAUCUUCAAAUGUUGAUUUGGUUAUUGGGUGUUUGAAAUUUGAUCAAAAUAAUAAUACCCAUUUUGUUGAUAACUCACAUUGGCUUGUAAAAGAUUGCAAUUUUCCUGUUUUAUGCUUAUCUAUUGAUGAAAUUCUUGAACAAAAUUGUGGGAAAUUGGAUAAGGUUUGGUCUUGUGAAAGUAAAGGUUUAAGUAAGUUUAGUUGUUUGAUGUAUACUUCUGGUUCUAGUGGUAAACCUAAAGGUGUUUGUAUAAAUGAAAAUGGGGUUUUAAAUAGGUUUUUAUGGAUGCAAGAUUUGUAUCCAUUGAAAGAGGAUGAUGUUUUGUUGUUCAAGACAUCUAUAAGUUUUGUUGAUCAUCUUCAAGAAUUUAUAGCUCCUAUGCUUGUAGGGUGUACUUUAGUGGUGCCCCCCUUAGAUGAAUUGAAAGGGAAUUUGUUUAAUCUUGUAGAUUACUUGUAUGAUUACUCUAUUACUAGAUUAACCGCGGUUCCUUCGUUAUUGAGGGCGCUUAUUACUGUUCUAGAGGACCGAGUUUUGUCUUCCUUGAAAGUGUUGGUAUUGAGUGGUGAAGUUUUCCCUACAUCUUUGUGGGAGACGCUUUUGAGGGUAUUGCCUAAAGCUUCUAUAUUGAAUAUUUAUGGUAGCACUGAGGUUUGUGGUGAUUGUACAUACUUCGAUUGUAAACACUUGCCUUUGAUGCUCGAAAACGAGGGUUUAAGUAGUGUUCCGAUUGGUAAGCCAAUCUCUAAUUGUGAUGUUAGACUUAUUGAGAAAGAUGGGAAGCAUGAUGAAGGAGAGAUAUGUGUAUCCGGUGUGUGUCUUUCGAGUGGUUAUUAUGCUAAAGAUAGUAUCACACCCUUGGAUUGUGUGGAGUUGAAUGGUAAACUUUACUAUCGAAUGGGUGAUUUUGGUAGAAGGCUUCCAAAUGGUGUCUUGGUUUUUUGUGGAAGAGAAGAUCGCACCAUAAAAGUAAAUGGGCACCGGAUUGCCUUGGAGGAGGUAGAGGAUAUGUUAAGAGGGCACCGAAACAUAGCGGAUGCUGCUGUAGUUUUCUGUAAUGAGCAAGAAGGGCAUGCCUUUCUUGGAGCAGUUUUGGUAGUGAAGGACUAUAACAAGCCAUCCGAUAUUUUAGGAAUGGUAAAAAGUUGGAUGAUUGAAAGACUUCCUUCAGUGAUGAUUCCGAAAAGAAUUCUUUGUACUCCAGCGCUUCCUCUGACUUCCUCCGGAAAGAUUGAUUAUAGUUUACUUUCUAGUUAUUUUGUUCCCGUUGUUGGUCUAGACGAUUGUCGUCUUGAAUAUAACAAAACCUUAAAGCAUAUCAAAGAAGUCUUCGCUAAUUCGUUGGAUGUUGCAGAAGUUGGUGAUGAUGAUGAUUUCUUUGCGAUGGGUGGUGAUUCGAUCCUCGCUGCUCAUGUUGCUUAUAAAUUAGGAACCGAUAUGAGAAUGUUGUAUAUGUUCCCGAGUCCUUCACAGCUUCAGAAGGCUCUUAUGGAGAAAGAAGGCCGUCUUGGGCUUGAUCACCACAUAGAAUGGGAAAUGUUACCUAAAUCUCAAAUGGGUGUUCCUUCGUCUAGGUCGAGUUUAGUUAAGUCAAGAAAACAUGGAGAAACUAUGUGGACUGACUGUGAUGAGCGAGCUAAAGCUAAGCUUCGCAAAGUAGAUACCGAAUCUUUACUUGCGGAAUCUCACUUGAUGCUAGACGGAUGUGCAAUGAGCCGUUGCAACAAGUUUGUGCAAAACGACAACGGUGGGUUCAAUGUCAAGACCCUUGAAUUCGAACUUCCAAGAAACAGCAAAGGUUUCCUAAGGCAAGUGUGGAAAGUUCCCUUGGAUUCUUGUGUUGAUGCAUCAGCAUUAGUUACUUUCAAAGAUAAUCAAAUUUUGAUCUUCAUAGGUUCUCACUCGCACAAGUUUCUCUGUGUUAAUGCUCGAAACGGAUCCAUACGAUGGGAGAUAAAAUUGGAAGGUCGAGUUGAAUGUUCAGCAAUGAUCGAUGGGGAUUUCUCGCAGGUUGUAGUUGGUUGCUACCAUGGAAACGUAUAUUUUAUAGAUAUAAAAAACGGAGACAUACGCUGGACUUUUCAAACACGAGGCGAAGUGAAGUCACAACCGACCAUAGACAAACGCAGGCAUCUCGUAUGGUGUGGAUCAUAUGAUCACAAUCUAUACGGUCUUGACUACCGAAAUUAUUGUUGUGUUUAUCAGUUUCAUUGUGCAGGAAGUAUAUUUGGGUCCUCGGCUAUUGAUAUGACUCGUGAUAUGCUCUACAUAGGCACUACCAAUGGAACACUCUCGGCCAUGAAUUUGAAGGCUUCGGAAUUUUGUACUGUGUGGCGGUUGGAGCUUCAAGCUCCGAUAUUUGGAUCGCUUUCACUCUGUUCUAAUGGGAAUGUGUUAUGUUGCUUAGUCAAUGGGGAUGUUUUGUGUAUAAACCCGAAAGGAUCUCCUGUUUGGAGGGCCAAAAUCGACGGUCCAAUAUUCGCUGGUCCGUGCAUAUCUAAGGCACUUACUUCUCAGGUUCUAGUAUGUUCUAGAAAUGGGAAUGUUUACUCAUUUGAACUGGAAAGUGGAAGAAUGAUAUGGAAGUAUGAUAUUGGAGAUCCGAUUACAUCUUCCGCUUAUGUUGAUGAGGUAAUAACGUUGGGAUCUAAUCCUUCAUCUCCCUCGGAUAGGUUGGUUUGCGUUUGUUCGAGUACCGGAAAAAUCGUUUUGCUUCGAGUAAGUCGUGUUAUGGCCAAAGCUGAUGGAUCUGAAGAUGUAAUUGAGAAAUUUGCAGAAUUUGAUCUUCAAGGAGACAUAUUCUCUUCACCUAUCAUGGUUGGUGGGAAGAUUUUUGUAGGUUGUAGGGAUGAUUUUUUGCAUUGUAUUGCUGUUGAAGCCUAUGUAGAGGAAAACUAA